AUGGAAAGACCCAAGAUGCCGCGAUUUGCUGGAGACGUCCGAGAUUACGUCAUAUUUCGAGCUGAUUUUAAACAUGCUGUAGAUUCAAGAUACGGUAAAAGAGAUGCAAUGUCCUUGCUACGUACGAGCCUUAGCGGAAGACCCUUGGAGCUGAUAAAAGGAAUUGGUAGCGACUACGAUGCUGCAUGGGAGCACCUAGAUUCGAUAUACGGAGACCCUAGAUUUGUCGCAGACACUGUCACCCAUGACAUUUCAAAAUUCAAACCACUUCGUGAAGAUGAAGACUCAAGAUUUUGUGAUUUAACCCAACUGGUUAGAAGAAGCUACAACACGGUCAACAGUCAACAGACAGUUUGACAUGGAUAACAAUCACAUGAUAGCAAUAAUUGAACAGAAAUUGCACAUGAAUGACAGGAAGAUCUGGUCGCGCCAUUUGGAAAGCAGUGGAAAAGAGGCUACAUUAGAAAAUCUAAUCACAUGGAUGACAACAGAAAUGAAAACAAGAAUGAGAGCUACAGCGCCUCUGAGAAGUAUGCAAUCCAGGCAUCCGGUUGGAAGUUUCAAUGCUGA